GAGAUUCUCUUGCUUUCUUUCUUUAUUUUCCCUGGGCCUUUUAAUUUUAACGAUGCCCAGUGCCUUGUUCUUCUCCCCCUUUUCUUUCGAGCCGUCCGUCACGUAAUUCCUCUCUCUAUCUCUCUUUCUCUCUCUGUGGUCUCUCUGUGACCGUCCUUUUCGAGGUUCUGGGUGAUUCCGGCGAAGCCCUCUCUAUACAUAGGAGCUUCAUUUUCAUAUCACAUGGCUCCCACAGGUGUCAACCAGCUCUCUCACCCUUGUAUUUAUGGGGAGUUUGUUUCUUCGUACGCAGAGAGGAAGUCACGCUUUAUGAAAUGGCUCAGUAAACUUUUCAGGAGCGGGCCCAGUCGCGGAAACGCCGCUGGUAGUAAUCGUCAUCCGCAGCUAAUUGGCGACGAAAACAUGAUUUGGCGGGCACCACCUCGAUCCUUGGAUGACCCCUCUAGAGCGCAGAAGGAGAAAGAGGAAUUAGACCAUGCAAUUGCACUGUCUCUGGCUGAAGAUUUGAAGAGACCAAGUGGUAGGUUUCUGGCUGAAGAUUUGAAAAGACCAAGUGGAUAUAGAUGGCAGGCAGAGAAAGAUGAAGAGCUUGCUAGGUCACUUCAGGACAGUUCGAAUCCGCCUUUAUAUCCUCCGUAUGCCCCAGCGCCUGCACCGUAUUAUCCUUAUGGACAAACACGAAGAAUAUGUGGCGGUUGUAAACAGGAGAUACGCUUUGGCAGCUAUCUGGGAUGCAUGGGAACUUAUUUUCAUCCCCAAUGCUUCUGUUGUCGUUCUUGUGGUCGCCCGAUAGUUGAGAAUGAGUUUUCUUUGUCAGGGAGGGAUCCAUAUCACAAGUCAUGUUUUAAAGAGCUGGCCCAUCCCAAGUGUGAAGUUUGUCAUCAAUUUAUUCCAACAAAUCGAGCUGGUUUGAUCGAGUAUAGAUGCCAUCCAUUUUGGUCACAAAAAUACUGUCCAUCACAUGAACAUGAUAACACAGCUCGUUGCUGUAGUUGUGAACGUUUAGAGUCUUGGGAUGCAAGAUACGUAUCGUUGGGAGACGGACGGAGUUUAUGCUUUGAGUGUAUGGAAUCUGCAAUCAUGGAUACCGGUGACUGUCAGCCCCUGUAUCAUGCCAUCAGAGAUUAUUACGAAGGAAUGAACAUGAGAUUGGAUCAGCAAAUUCCCAUGCUUCUGGUUGAAAGACACGCACUUAAUGAAGCUAUUGUAGGAGAGAAGAGUGGCCUUCAUCACAUGCCCGAGACCAGGGGUUUAUGCCUUUCUGAAGAGCAGACCGUCACCAGUAUACUCAAAAGGCCAACAUUUGGGAGGCAUCAACUGGUUGGAAUAAAAACCCAACCUCAGAAAUUGACUCGAAAAUGCGAAGUUACUGCCAUUCUUGUUCUCUAUGGUCUCCCAAGAUUACUAACAGGUGCUAUUCUUGCGCAUGAGUUGAUGCAUGGCUGGUUACGCCUCAAAGGCUACCGGAAUCUUAAUCCGGAGGUAGAGGAGGGCAUCUGCCAGGUGCUUUCAUACAUGUGGCUUGAAUCAGAAGUAAUGCCAGGAUUUAAAAACAUGCCAUCUUCAUCUACAUCCACAUCAGCAGCGUCCUCUUCCUCUUCAUCAUCGUCAUCGAAAAAAGGAGGAAAGUCCAAAGUUGAACAUAAACUGGGUGAAUUUUUCAUGCACCAAAUUGCCAACGAUUCUUCCCCUGCGUAUGGAGGAGGGUUUAGAGCAGCUAAUGCAGCUGUCAACAAGUAUGGUUUACGUCGUACCUUGGACCACAUUCAUCUCACUGGAAACUUCCCAUUGUAAUAAGGGAAAAAUAAUGUUCCCUGUUUCUCUGUCCCUUUGCUGUAUACGGCCGCUGAAGAUAUUAUUUGCCCAAUCCCAAAGGAUUGAGCUCAUCACAGAAGCCAUGUGGCCAUGUGAGGAUACAAGUCCCAUGUCACUCUUCCAAUCAAUAAUGCUGCUAAUAAAAUGCAUUUCUUUCUUUCUUUGACAUAAGUGAUUCUUAUGUUUUCACCAUUUGUAUGGCGAUCAAUUACGUGCUUCACAGAUGUUAAUGAAGUUGUGAGUUCAUCGGUUC